AUGGAUGACACCUUUUUUGCUACCGAUGAGGAGAACCGGCCUGAGGGUCAAGUCCUGGAAGCCAAAUGCAGAGCUCGCUUCUUGAAGGGCUCCGCGUGGAAGUUCCGGCGCGUCUUGUGGCAGAUCCGCAACAGGACCUACAGGGAUGCUUUGAUCAUGUUGGAGUUUAUGCCGUGGAGAGCUUGUCGACCUGUGCUGUGUGCAUUGCGCUCUGCUGCUGCGAACGCCAUGAACCACUACAACAUGGACAAAUCACGCCUUUACGUCUACCAGUGCAGGGCGGACCGUGGUCCCUACUCCAAGCGGAUGAGGCCAGUUUCCAAGGGCCAGGCGCACCCCUACCGAAGGCGCUCCACCCACCUGACGAUCGUUGUGCGAGAGAUGACCGACGCAGAGAUGGCCGCAGCACCCAGCAACUUGCGACGUUCAGAGGGUGAGGGCCAAGUUGUGAUGCAAGUUUCAACGACAGAUAGCUCCUUGGGGAUUUGUUCCGGCCUUGCCCACGAGGAAGGUGCGCAAGAGCUGCUCAUAGACUCGGCUCAGGAGAAGACAGCUCGUCGGACACGGCAGCUGCUGCUGGCAGCCAGGCUGGCUUUCUUCUUCUCGCAUGGGCUUCUCAUUGUUUGCGCGUCGGUGGCCUUGGGCUGGGAGACCAACACCUCCUGGUGGCAGAUUUUCUCCCCUGCUUGGCUUGGAGAUGCGCUCUGUGUCGUGUUGGUGAUCCUCUCCUGGUUUGGUUCCUGUCCGUACAUUCAUUUGUGCUUGCAGGAACGCCAGGCGCGAUUGGGAGACAACAACCCAAGCAUCCUCACCGACAUUCUGCCAGACAUUUUCAUGGGCGUUCUGUCGCUGGUCUACUUGAUCCUGGCGUUAGUGGCCGAGAUCCUUCUUUGCAGGUAUCUCGAUGAGCUGCGGGCAUCCCAGAGGGCAGCCCGGACUCCCACAGCUUGUGCCACAGCACGCCUGACGGGCUUCACGGGAGUUGAGAAGCACAGGGGUAGCAUGCCGCUCGGCCCCUCGGCCCCUCGGCCCGGAUUUGGCCAGUUCCUGAUCUUGGUGUCCCUGCUGACUUGCUGUCGAGGUGUAUGCAUCUCUACGAGCGGCGAGCUUUUUAGCUGCCUGGGAGCGGGGGCACUUGGUUCCAGCGUUCUAGGGUUGCUGUUGCCUGACGGACCGUUCAGCACGUCUGCCUGGGUGCUUUUCCUCCCGUGGCUGGCCGCAGUGCUGGCACUCGAGCUCUGCAGCUCUUUGCGCUUGCAACGAUUGCGCGCUGUUCUUUGCCGGGAGGAGGUAAUUCUGCGCAUGGCGGAGCAGGUCAUCCUUUUCGUUGUACUUCUUUCUUUGUUGGCCAUCAUCUUCGAGGUGUCCGCAUUCGUGCAGCUAGGUGCAGUGCAUGCUGGGGCUGCUGGCGUCACUUUGGGCUCAGGUGUUUGUGCCUUGGCCCUGCUGCGGGGACGCAUGGCAGUGACAGAGAAUAGGUUCGGUGCGCUGAGCGAGCGCCUGCUCAUCGCAGACAUUCGUGGUGAGGUGAACCCUUCCAGUAUGCGAAGUUCGGUCAUCUCGGGUGUUGGCGCAGAGGUGCCCUUGGCCAAUGCCUCCAUGGCUUCGCAUAUGUGACUGGCGGUUUUGCAUGGUGUACGUGGGCUUGCGUCCUCGCAGCCCACCUAGUUCGGGGCUCUCAAAGUAACCGACAGGCUUUCUUGACUGGCAUGUCAUCCUGGUGGGUUGGGUUUCGUGCAGACCUCUUUGAUUUCUGACAGGGCCAUCGUUUUUCUAUUGUAGCAGACGUGCCCGUGAAAGGCAUGCUUGUCUCACCUCAGGAAUGACUGGACCCUGCGAGUUGGAGUUCCCCACGUGUAGGACCUGUCAAGCAUGAG